UGGGGUCGGAAGCAGGGGUUCCGGGCUCCGGGAUGAAAGGAGGGAAAACGCAGGUGAGAAAACAAGACCGGCUAGUGGGGAAACCGUGAGGUGAACCUAACCCUAGGCCGCUGAGGCAGAAACUGGAGACACGGCGAAGACGCUGAAGAACCGGACUGACAGCUCACAGAGAGAGAAGUUGGCUACCAUGGAAUCACCAGAGGAGCCUGGAGCAUCCAUGGAUGAGAACUAUUUUGUGAACUACACUUUCAAAGAUCGGUCCCAUUCAGGACGGGUGGCUCAAGGCAUCAUGAAACUAUGUCUAGAAGAGGAGCUGUUUGCUGAUGUCACCAUUUCAGUGGAAGGCCGGGAGUUUCAGCUGCACCGGCUGGUCCUCUCAGCUCAGAGCUGCUUUUUCCGGUCCAUGUUCACUUCCAAUCUGAAGGAGGCUCACAACCGGGUGAUUGUGUUGCAGGACGUCAGUGAGUCAGUUUUCCAGCUCCUAGUUGAUUACAUCUACCAUGGGACUGUGAAACUUCGAGCUGAUGAGCUGCAGGAAAUUUAUGAGGUGUCAGACAUGUACCAGCUGACAUCUCUCUUUGAGGAAUGUUCUCGGUUUUUGGCCCGCACAGUGCAAGUGGGAAAUUGCCUUCAGGUGAUGUGGCUGGCAGAUCGGCACAGUGAUCCUGAGCUCUACACUGCAGCCAAGCACUGUGCCAAGACUCACCUGGCCCAGCUGCAGAGCACAGAGGAAUUUCUCCAUUUGCCCCACCAUCUACUCACUGAUAUCAUCUCAGAUGGUGUUCCAUGUUCCCAGAACCCAACAGAAGCAAUAGAAGCCUGGAUCAAUUUUAAUAAAGAAGAAAGAGAGGCUUUUGCAGAGUCACUUAGGACUAGCUUGAAGGAAAUUGGGGAGAAUGUGCACAUUUACCUUAUUGGAAAAGAGUCAUCCCGUACCCACUCGUUAGCUGUGUCCUUACACUGUGCUGAAGAUGACUCCAUCAGUGUAAGUGGCCAAAACAGCUUGUGCCACCAGAUCACUGCAGCCUGCAAGCAUGGUGGAGACUUAUAUGUGGUGGGAGGUUCCAUCCCAAGGCGCAUGUGGAAGUGCAACAAUGCCACCGUUGACUGGGAGUGGUGUGCACCUUUGCCCCGAGACCGGCUCCAACACACCCUGGUGUCUGUGCCUGGGAAAGAUGCCAUAUAUUCACUGGGUGGCAAGACACUGCAGGAUACCCUCUCAAAUGCAGUCAUCUAUUAUCGGGUAGGUGAUAACGUAUGGACAGAGACAACUCAGCUAGAGGUGGCUGUGUCAGGGGCCGCUGGUGCCAAUCUCAACGGAAUCAUCUACUUACUAGGGGGAGAGGAGAAUGACCUGGACUUCUUUACCAAACCUUCCCGACUUAUCCAGUGCUUUGACACAGAGACAGACAAGUGUCACGUGAAGCCCUAUGUACUACCCUUCGCAGGCCGCAUGCAUGCAGCAGUGCACAAGGAUCUGGUGUUUAUUGUGGCUGAAGGGGACUCCCUGGUGUGCUACAAUCCCCUGCUAGACAGUUUCACUAGGCUUUGCCUUCCAGAGGCCUGGAGUUCCGCCCCAUCCCUCUGGAAGAUCGCCAGCUGCAAUGGGAGCAUCUAUGUCUUCAGGGACCGAUACAAGAAGGGAGAUGCCAACACCUACAAACUCGAUCCUGCCACUUCAGCUGUAACUGUCACUAGAGGCAUUAAGGUGCUGCUUACCAAUUUGCAGUUCGUGUUGGCCUAAGGUGUUGACAGGAAGAGCAACUGACUCCUUCACCCUCCCUUUUUCAGACUCCUCCCUAAACUCAAAAUUCCCUGAGCCCCAAUUCAGAGUUAUAUGUUAUUCUGGGCAGCACCUCAUCUCUUCCUUGAACACAUAGGUGUUGUGUUUGGGUAUUUUGAGACUUGCUGUAGAGCUGGCUGCUUGAACUGAGCGGUGGCCAGCCUGAUCUCUGCCAUCCCCACUGAUCUUAUGCCUCAUUACAGAUUGCUUAGUGUGAGCCUUUUCUCAGACCUUAGGCACAGCCUCCCCUCUUUACCUAAUCAAUGUAAAAUAGGAACACCUCAUCCCAAGGUGGAAGGAAAGAUUCUCAUCCUUACUUUUUCUAUAGUCUAUGAAGCGGCUAGUUGAUCAUUUUACCACAAAGAAUUAGGUGUUAAGUUUUCCUUCAGGCUUUGGAUGGGAAAAUGGACUUAGCUAAGAGUGUAUUUCACCAGCAGGGGUCAACUCUAGAAUUUAGGACGUUCCUUUUAUCAUUUUCUCAUCUUCUGUCAGAAAAAGCAACUUUGGUUUUAUUUUUGGCUUACUCCAACGGGUAAGCUAGAAAGUAGAAAGAAUUAUUUCUGAUUAAUAGCAGAAACUUGUUUUUCAGACUCAAAUAUAUAAGGUCUCUGCUCUUUUAAAAGCUCUAAGCUAAAUCAAGAGCUAGGAACUGUUCAUACAAAUAAAAGUUUUUGAAAGGA